CAUGCGGCCAUUUUGAAAAUUUAAAGGUGAACAGCAUGGCGAUGGAAUAUGUGGAUUUUUUGUCGACAGGACAGCAAACUAUCCUGUGUUGUCAAUGUGGUGCGGCUACGCAGCCAAAUCCCUCGAACAUGUGCGUAGCAUGUUUGAGGACCCAAGUUGAUAUCACCGAGGGUAUCCCCAAACAAGUUCACGUUAACUUCUGUAAAGCUUGCGAAAGAUACCUUCAACCUCCUGACACAUGGGUUAGCUGUGCAUUGGAGUCGAGAGAGCUCUUGGCAUUAUGUUUGAAGAAACUUAAAGGCUUAUCAAAGGUUAGACUUGUUGAUGCUGGAUUUAUUUGGACCGAACCACAUUCAAAACGACUCAAAGUUAAACUUACUAUACAGAAAGAGGUAAUGAAUGCAACGAUUCUACAGCAAGUGUUUGUAGUAGAGUAUGUUGUUCAAGGACAAAUGUGUGGAGAUUGCCAUCGUAGAGAAGCAAAAGAUUACUGGAAGGCACUUGUUCAAAUACGACAAAAGACAAACCACAAGAAGACAUUUUUCUACCUGGAGCAACUGAUUAUAAAACAUCAGGCACACAACAAUACAUUGAGGAUAAAACAACAGUCAGAUGGCUUGGAUUUCUUCUUUGCCACUCCACAAGAUGCAAAAAAAUUUGUCUCGUUCCUCCAAUCAGUUGCACCUCUGAGGAGCAAAUUAUCCCAACGAUUGAUAUCCCACGACGUUCACACAAGCUCCUACAAUUACUCAAACACUCAUUCGGUUGAGCUCAUCCCAGUUUGCAAGGAUGAUGUUGUUUGCCUUCCACUAAAGCUUGCUCGGUCACUGGGCAAUAUCGGACAAUUGGUGAUUUGUAGUCGGGUUACCACAGGAUUGAAGGUUCUUGAUCCAACAACACUUAAAACUGCAGAGAUAUCAGCUAACAUUUACUGGCGAACACCGUUCCAUAGUUUGUUGAGUUACAAGCAGCUGACGGAGUUCAUGGUCUUACAGUCUGAGCCAGUAGAUCAUUCCCAGCACACAUCAACAAUAUCACAGUUUUGUUUGGCUGAUGUUUGGGUGACGCGAACCUCUGAGAUUGGACUCAACGAUGCGCAGUACCAUUGUCGAACAUAUUUAGGUCACCUUUUGAAGGCUGGCGACUUAGUGAUGGGAAUUGAUUUUACAACAUCAAAUUUGAAUGACGAGAAUUUGAACAAAUUGGCCCCGGAUAAAAUACCCGAUGUAAUUUUGGUGAAGAAGGUUUACGGCGAUAAGAAGGAACGUAAGAAAGCCAGAAAGUGGAAGUUGAAAACUUUGGAAAAGGACAUGGAAGGAGAGAAUUUGCAGCAAAUUGAGAGAGAUUACGAUGAUUUCUUGGAAGAUUUGGAAGAAGACAAGACGUACCGACAGAAUGUGAAUAUAUAUAAAGAUUCCAGCAAAGCAGGUGUAUCCUCAAAUACUGACGACCUGCCAGAGGUGAGCUUGGAAGAAAUGCUGGAUGAUUUGAAUCUUGAUGACGUUGACAUGUAAGCAUCGUUGUGUGAACUGCCUGCACACAGGCUAGAAGGCAGAUAAACGUUGUGUGAAGGCCUGGACCCCAGGGUAUUGGUUAUGUUUGGAAUUUUAAAUUUCAGCGUUGAAAUGUUUGCCAUAAGUUCACACCAGUACAUUGACAAAGUACUAAACUAUUCAAGAGAAACAACUUAGCAUCAAAUGUGGUAUAACAACUGCCUAAAAUAGACAAAGCACUUCUCAAUGUUUUAACAAAACACU